ACUGCUUGUUAGUCAAAAUCUGUCAAAAUAGUCAAAUAGCGUUUUAAGAAAGAUGAUAUUUUCUUUUUUAUUAUACUGUUUAUAAAUGUGCGUUUGAAACUGUAAUGCCGCGGAAAAUACGCGUAAUGUUUGGAAUUGUGACAGCAUUGGGUGCAUGUCUCGUGAUGUAUCAGGUAAGUUUAAUGAUCCUCCAUCACAGAAAAUUGUAUUUCUCAGAUGACCACAUACCUGUGAUACUAUGGUGGACGCCGUUUGGUAAUAAUAAUCGAGUAAAAACCUGUGGAAAUGCCAAAUGUUAUUUUACGCACAAUAGAACAUUUGAGAAUGAUGUACGCUUAAAAAGUAUUCUGUUUUACGGAAGUAAUCUCCAUAUUCAUGAUUUGCCUAAUUGGAGAAGCAGUGCCAUAUCGUGGGGCUUACUACAUGAAGAGUCCCCUAGGAAUAAUCCUAUACUUGUUCACGAAGAAGCUCUUAAUCUUUUUAAUUACUCUUCGACAUUUAGCAGAUUAAGUAAUGUACCACUCAUGCUUCUUGAUUUACCUGGUCUAGAAGAACUAGUAGCAACUUCGUAUUACAUAUCUACCAAAGAGAAAUCUGCAUUGAUACAUGUAGAAAAUUUAGCACCAAUAUUAUACAUUCAAUCUGACUGUGAUACUGUUAGUGACAGGGAUAGUUAUGUGUCAGAAUUAAUGAAACAUAUUCGGAUCGAUUCCUAUGGAGCAUGUAUGAAUAAUGCUCAACUUGACAAUAGAUUGAAAAACAACUAUCUCGACAUUUUAAGCGACCGUGAAUUUUUAUUGUUUGUGGCCAAAUACAAGUUUACUAUAGCGUUUGAAAAUGCAAUUUGUGACGAUUAUAUCACAGAAAAACUGUGGAGACCACUUAUUGUCGGCUCUGUACCAAUAUAUUAUGGAUCACCAUCCUUUAAGGAUUGGUUACCAAAUAAUAAAUCCGCUAUUUCAAUAUUAGACUUUACCAGUCCAAUAGAACUCGCCAACUUUUUGUAUAAUCUUUUAAAAAAUAAUUCUGCAUAUGAAGAGUACUUGUCUCAUAAAUUAAACGAACGCGAAAAUCGCAUUACGAAUAGCAAAUUACUAAGUGCGCUCGAAAGAAGACAGACGGGAAUUCCUAAUGAUUUUGGGAAUUACAUGGAAGAAUUCGAAUGCUUCAUUUGUAAACGAAUACAAAAGAAUAGAAAAUUACAAGAGAGCAUAGUAACAAAAAGACAGUACAAUUGUUCUCUGCCAAGAGAUCCAAUAACAGGCGAAAUCAAUAAGCACAAUUGGUGGACUGAGCAGUGGAGUAUCGAGAAAUGUGGAGCUAAGUUGUUAUCCCAUUACAUAACUAACAAUAUCAGUAUUAAUAUAAAACAUUUUGACGAACAAAAGAUGAGUAUGUACGACAAUAAUGAAUGCUGAAACAUAUGAAAAGAAAGUUUGAAACAAUUUUGGUUAAAAGGUCUAUUUUUUAUUCAUGCAAUCUCUGAA